AAACCACGGUAUUUUUUACGAUUUUGGUCGUAAAUCCAUUAGAAAAAUUAUUAAAAUAGCUUUCUAUGUCUGAAGUAGAAGUGAAUUCUUCGAAGGAAGAAAAUGAAGAUUUGUUUGGGGCAAGCGAGGACGAGAGUUUCACAAAAGAUGAAGUUGAAACAACGAACAAUGAGUUCGAGAACGAAAAACUAAAUGAGAACGACGAAUUGAAAGAUCGCUCAAGUGAUCAAGGGUUGUUUUCUGAUGAAGAUGGAAAACAGGAAGGUCCAGAGCAAACUGAGCCUGUAAAAAAAAUCUUAGAAUCAGAAAUUCCCAAUUUUCCUUCUCCUGCUACACUAGAUGCAAAAAUAUUUCAUGCUCGCAUGCCGAACUUCUUGUCGGUGGAACAAUCUCCUUUUGACUCUGAAAAAUAUGCUGUAGAGGCCGAAGCGGAUGAAACAUUAUUAGAACAUGAUGUACAAUGGGGACAGCGUGUAAAACACAAGGUAGAUAAUACGAUUCGAUGGCGCCUUGAUGAAGCGGGAAACCAAGAAUCCAACACUCAAGUAGUCCAAUGGUCAGAUGGUUCUUAUUCUCUGCGUAUCGGUAAUGACAUUUACGACGCUCAAUCAAAGAUGAUAACUCAACCUACAUUUCUCACAACUUCUCAUGAAGCUCAGCAUCUUCUCCGUGUCCAAACGGCAUUUCAAAGAAGUUUUACAUUUUUGCCUUCUGCCAUCAGUACAGCAACUACCUCUAAACUUCCUUCUAUGCGUAUGAGAGGCGCUCAACUUAGCAGUAGAGGAGUUCAAGAAAUUAUUACCGAGAAAGAUCCUGAGCUUCUUAAGCGCGAAGCCGAAAAAUUUGAAGAAGAACGUAAUCGUGCGCGGCGGCGUCUUGAGAAACGAAAAUAUCUCAAUAAUUACAAAAACGGGAUGGAAGAAGAAGAAGAAGAUUUUACGUCCUUUGUUGGUCCACGUGGUGUCUAUCCUCAAAGGGAUGAAUCAGGUGAACAGGAUCGCAUGGAUCGACUAAAAAGAAUUAAGCAGGAAGGGGCUGGAGAGUACUACAAUAAUGAGAAAAAUUAUGAAGAUGAAGAAGAUGAAGAAGCUCUUGACGAUUUCAUCGAAGACGAGGAGGAGGAGGAAGAAGAAGAAGAGGAAGAACCCGUCAAUCAAUCUAAACACUCUCCUUCCAAGAGAUCUGUAAGCCCUGAAAGUGAAACACACGAAAGCGGGAGUGCGUCUCCAGAUAAGAGGCCUGAAGCAUUAAGUGAAGCUGAUAAUGAAUCAGGUGAAACGGACAAUGCAGGACAGCGCAGACCGCGACGCCGCAUCAUUGAAAGUGAUAGCGAAUGAUCUCCUUCGUGAUUAAAAUGAAAAAAGAGAAUUUUCUAAGGAAAUGUGUAGACCUCUCACCCAAUUUUUGUUAAUAAUUGAUCGUCAGUUAAUUUACUCGUUUUUCAUUCUGUACAUAAGUUCUAGAGUAUGAGAAAUAUCAUAAAAAAAGAAAAGAUAACAUUUAUUAUUUCGUUGCAUGUCG